CAAGACCUCCUUUGCAGAAAGAGAAAAGAAAAAAUGGCUUCUUUUCAUAUCCGUUCAAUCAGUUUGCCCUCUAGAUCUCAUCCUCUAACUGUAAGUGUAGUGGAGCAACUUGACAAGUUAAAGGCAUCACAAUCAUCAUCAUUAGGCCACAAAUUGGCUGGCCUGAAAGAGCUGUACGAGUGUUUUAAUGACUUUCUUCAACUAUCACUCACCCAAAAAACUCUCUCCCAGGAGAAGCAAAACCAAUCUGUAGAAGAGGCAUUGAAUGGCUCCUUGGGCCUGUUGGAUAUGUGUAGCACCAUAAGAGAUUUUUUCUCACAGAUGAGGGGAUGUAUGCAGGGGCUUGAAGCAUCUCUCCGGAGAAGAAAAACUGGAGAAUCUGUCUUCAAUGAAGUUGACACGUACAUGGUUACUAGAAAGAAAUUGAAAAAAGUCAUAUAUAGGUAUCUUAGAAAUCUGAAGAAACAGGAGAAGAAUAGUAGAACAACUGCCUCGGCCAAUAACUCCGAUGUUGUUGACAUGCUGAAAGGUGUUGAGGAAAUUAGUGCGGUUUUGUUUGAAUCCAUCUUAGCUUUCAUUUCUCUGCCAAAGGAAAAAUCAAAGUUCUCUAUUGUCCCAAGCUUUUUUCAAUCAAAGCAUGUAUCAUCUAAGGAGGAAGUUGAAGCCAAUGAAAUAGAGAAGAUUGACGCUGGUUUGCUGGUCUUGAAAUCCAGCGAAGACAUCAAUCAAGUGCAAAAUGCUUUGAAAGGAGUGAAGGCAAUGGAAUUGAGCCUUCAAGAAGCAGAGGAAGAGUUGGAGUGUGUCUAUAGGAGAUUGGUGAAAAUUAGAGUGUCUCUUCUCAACAUUCUGAAUCAUUAGGGGUUGCUUCCAUCAAACUCCAACACAAUUUUGUAACAUACAGUUUUCAAUCAAAUUGUAGAUAUAUAU